CAAAGCACUCCUAGGCUGAAAGGAGGAGCAAUUAGCAGCGGGGAGGCGGCUUUAGGAGCCUGGAAGGCUGCGCAACCUGAUAGAGGAGGGGCGUGGGGACUGGGGGACGGUCAGGGAGGGUGUCUGAUAUGCUGCUGGGGUCGUGACCGGCCGGGGACCGAGGCAGGACCUGGCCGGACCCCGCCAGGAGGCCUCUUCUUGGUCGGGCCUAAUAUCCAGUGGUCAGGUAGGCCUCGCCAGAGGCUCCUUCCCGUGCAGCCGCCGCGGGCUCCUGUCCCGUUUCCCUGGCUAGGAGAUGGCCGCCCCGAGCGCCCCGCCGGAGCCUAAGGGGUUGCUGACAUUUGAGGAUGUGGCUGUGUUUUUUACCCAGGAGGAGUGGGAUUAUCUGGACCCAGCUCAGAGAAGCCUAUAUAAAGAUGUCAUGAUGGAGAAUUAUGGGAACCUGGUGUCACUGGAUGUUUUGAGCAACAGUAAGGAUGAGGAACCAACUGUGAAACAGGAAAUUGAGGAAAUGGAAGAAGAAGUGGAACCACAGAGUGUAAUUGUUACAAGAAUCAAAAGUGAAAUUGACCAGGAUCCCAUGAGUAGAGAAACCUUUGAACUUGUUGGUAGGUUAGAUAAACAGAGAGGGAUCUUCUUAUGGGAAAUACCAAGGGAAUCUUUGACCCAGGAACAAAGAAUGUUCAGAGGAAAUACUAAUAUAAUCCGUAAGAGACCGAACUCAGAAGAAAAGUGUCAUAAAUGUGAAGAGUGUGGAAAAGGUUUUGUCCGCAAAGCCCAUUUCAUUCAACAUCAAAGAGUCCAUACUGGUGAGAAACCUUUUCAAUGCAAUGAAUGUGGGAAAAGUUUUAGUCGCAGUUCAUUUGUUAUUGAACAUCAGAGAAUUCACACUGGGGAAAGACCCUAUGAGUGUAAUUACUGUGGAAAAACCUUUAGUGUGAGCUCAACACUUAUUAGGCAUCAGAGAAUCCACACUGGAGAGAGACCGUAUCAGUGUAAUCAGUGUAAACAGAGCUUCAGCCAGAGAAGAAGUCUUGUUAAACAUCAAAGAAUUCACACAGGUGAGAAACCUCAUAAGUGUGCUGACUGUGGAAAAGCCUUCAGUUGGAAAUCACACCUUAUUGAACAUCAGAGAACUCACACUGGUGAGAAACCCUAUCACUGUACCAAAUGUAAGAAAAGCUUUAGUCGAAAUUCAUUGCUUGUUGAACAUCAGAGGAUUCACACUGGGGAAAGACCUCAUAAAUGUGGUGAAUGUGGGAAAGCUUUUAGAUUAAGUACUUACCUUAUACAACACCAGAAAAUUCACACUGGUGAGAAGCCUUUUCUUUGUAUUGAAUGUGGAAAAAGCUUCAGUCGGAGUUCAUUCCUUAUUGAACAUCAGAGGAUCCAUACAGGUGAAAGACCUUAUCAGUGCAAAGAGUGUGGGAAAAGCUUCAGUCAGCUUUGCAACCUUACUCGUCAUCAGAGAAUUCACACAGGAGACAAACCCCAUAAAUGUGAGGAAUGUGGAAAAGCCUUUAGUAGAAGCUCAGGCCUUAUUCAGCAUCAGAGAAUUCAUACCAGAGAGAAGGCUUAUCCAUACAGUGAAACUAAAGAAAGUUUUGAUCCAAAUUGCAGCCUUGUUAUACAGCAAGAGGUCUAUCCUAAGGAGAAAUCUUAUAAAUGUGAAGAAUGUGGAAAGACUUUUAGUGUCAGUGCUCAUCUGGUACAACAUCAAAGAAUCCACACUGGUGAAAAGCCCUACCUAUGUACUGUAUGCGGGAAAAGCUUCAGUCGGAGCUCAUUUCUUAUUGAACAUCAAAGAAUCCAUACUGGUGAGAGACCCUAUCUGUGUAGACAAUGUGGCAAAAGCUUCAGUCAGCUUUGUAAUCUUAUUCGACAUCAGGGUGUGCACACAGGGAAUAAACCCCAUAAAUGUGAUGAGUGUGGGAAGGCCUUUAGCCGAAACUCGGGCCUUAUUCAGCAUCAGAGAAUACACACAGGAGAAAAACCUUAUAAGUGUGAGAAGUGUGACAAAAGUUUCAGUCAACAGCGCAGCCUUGUCAACCAUCAGAAGAUCCACGCAGAGGUGAAAAUCCAAGAAGCCCACGAAUGUGAUGCAUGCGGUGAAGCCUUCAAUUGUCGCAUUUCCCUUAUUCAGCAUCAAAAAUUGCACACUGCAUGGAUUCAGUAGAUACAAAGAAAUGUUAAAGCUCUGUUUGAUUUGAGAACUAGCUUCCCAAAUGCAGUUUCACUAUGACUGAACUUGAGUCAGAUUUAAUGGUUGAUAAAGCAAAUUCUCCUUGGCCUUAGGCGAUGGUGUCUAAAUGCAUGUAGGUAAUUGCAGACUUCCAUUACUCUUUGUUUGGGAUGCCAUAAAGACUCAGAUAGUAAUGAAUCUAAGUUUCUUUAACAAAUCUUUCAGCAGAGAGGUUAAAUGCAGACUCAGAACCCUCAGUUAUAGUGAAGAAAGGGAAUGGGACAAAGCUGAACUAGAACAAGGGAGCUGGAAGCAGAUGAUGUUAUAAAACAGAAUGGUGAGUGAAAGAGUCUUCUGCCAUCAUCUUUGGUGGUUCUUUCCAUUCCAUGAUGUAUUUGGCUGAGCAUGCCAAAGUCCAGUGAUUGAGCAUAUGAUUAACUUUUCAAGGAAACAAGGCCUAGAGUUAUUUGAAAUUGGUAUCCAAAAUCAUGGUUAAGAAAGCUAGUUGUUUGGCAUGUGAGUUAAAGGCAGUUCCAAUGCCUUGUGGUCUCUAUAUCAAUGAGUGGACCAUUAACUUUACAUAUAAAGAUUAUGUGAGUAAGAAACCUAGCAAAGAUGUUACCAAGAAUCUUUUGGGAGUGCCUUUUAUCCAAGAUGGCCCAAAAAGGUAGAGAAAGACACUUGUUUUAUAUCUUACAUAUGUGAAAGAUGUUUGAAGUCCUAUACAAAUAGGACUCCACUACUGAGAGCAUGUAGAAGUGUACAGAUUCUGAUCACCACAAAUUGAAAAUAAAAAGGUUUGGAGUCAAUGCUAGGGUGCUGAGAAUUUUUUUGUUUUUUAUUGCUUUGUAUUUCAUGGUAACUAGAUUUUGCAUGCAGUUUUAAAAUCCUUGUUUCUGGUUCUAGGGCUUCCCUUAGUUGAAGGUUAUUAUAAACUGAUUAAUUCAUCUCUGUUUUAAUCAUUAAAACCUGUUUUGUUUUUUGAUUUG